AGGUCUACUUCCUUUUCCCGUUCUUCUGGCGAAACUAAAUAAAAACGAAAUAAUACAAAAGAGCAGAGAAGCGGCGUCUCGGCGUCUCGCCGCCGGCGGGAGGUCCGCCGCCCUUCCAGGCUGCAGCGGCCGCCGCGACCACAGAUGUCGACCAAUGAGAUCUCUGGCAGCAAUGAGCUGUGUGCUCAAGAUCCAGAGGUCAUGACUUUCUAUAAUCUUCGCGGUUCUGAUAAAACCACAAUCCUGAGGAAGAAAGAACUGCAGAGGCUGAGAAAGGAACGCAUCGAAAACAAGUGCUUUAGAAAGAAAGAGAAGAUAAGGAAAGCUAAGGAAAUUGUGGACAAUGCCCUCAAGAUAAGAGAAGAACUGCAUCAAAAGUAUCUCAGAGCCGAGCCAUGGUUAAAAGAACAGGAAAGACAACGACUUGAAAGGAACAAACGUUUUACAACUGAGAUCAUUAACCAACCUCCAGAUUAUCGUGGAGAAUGGGAUCCAUAUGUAUCGGAUGAUGAGUUCGGGACAUCAUUUGAGCUGAAGCGUACGGGUUGGGAAGUUGAGAAGUUUGCCUUAGACCUUGCUCGAAGCACAGUUGGACUCGAGUCUUUCACUGGAGAGAAUCAUCUAUUCUCUUGCUCUGGUACUAUUAUUGAAUUUCUGAAUGGUAUUUGUUCUGUGGUAACAUCUGCAAGUUUAAUUAGAUGCAUGGACAAAGACGAGCAAGCUGAUGAACUUAAGAUUAAUGUAUGGUUACCGAGUGGUGAAAAAUGUGAGGGUUUUAUUUCAAAUGUGGAUCUGUACUACAACAUUUGUUUGGUUACAGUUCACUGUACUUCUAACCUGCCAAAGAAAAGCUUCAAUGACGACACUGGAUUUUUUGAUUUAUAUGGCAACCAUUCGAAAGAUGUUGUAGCUUUAGGCCGUAGUUGUGAACCUUGGAGCUUGAAGGUGGCUUCGGGAAAGCUAAUUCCAAGAAGACACCGAUUUGAUUGUGAAGAACUUCUUGUUUCUUCGUGCAAGAUUACAAAGAUAGGUGUUGGUGGUCCUUUGAUGGAUUUUAAUGGAAAUAUCGUUGGAAUGAACUUCUAUGACAAGAAAGAAACACCUUUCCUUCCAAGUUUCAUUGUGUUGAAGUGUUUACAGCACUUCAAAGAAUUUGGGAAGGUUGUACGGCCAUUGCAUGGAUUAAGGGUUGGAAAUCUUCACAAAGAGUCUCUCGCUUCACUUGAGAAGAUAUGUCAUGAGUUCCCUAAGGUUUGUGGUGUGAUUGUGGAGAAGGUAGAACCUUCAGCAGAGCAUUCUGAGAUAAAAGUUGGGGACAUCAUCACCCAUCUUGAUGGUAUGGCUUUUUCCAAUGCUGCAGAGUUCGGUGGCAUACUGCUCGAUAGGUGUGUCACACAGAUGCUAGAAAAACAGAACUUGUCAGAGGACUGCAACCAGAUGAUAAGCCUCAAGUUUUCUGUGAAAACAAGAGGUGGCAUAUCUGAAGCCACAACAAGAACAAUCAACACUGACAAGUUUACUCCAAGUGGACUCAACAGGUGGCCACUUCCCAGGCCGAUUAUUGUUCGGCAAUAUGCUCGUGGAGUUCUAUUCUCCGAAGAUUGGUACAGUUAGCAGGACUAGGGUUUGUUUUAUCCUUAUACGUAGAAGUUUCUCAUCAUGAAAAGUAUUUAUGUGUAAGGUGGAAUUACACGGAUAGUGUGAAAUGUUAAUAAGGGUUUCACCAGAAUUCAAGUUGAGUAGUGAAGCUGUAUCGGUGGAAUUUUUUUGUAUGGUAUUACCAUGACAUCCUCAUGGUAGGCACAAAAUAUAGCACCUGACUUGGGAAAGGCGUUCAAUUGUCGAGUUAAAAACAUAGCUGUUGUAACCGUUAAUCCGUGAUGGCGAUGGGAUCGAAUUCCUGUUUAUGCCCAA